AUGGCGUCUGCUCCUAUAUCCGGCUCUCUUUACCCUCGAGGGCGCGAACAAUGGCUUCAAGUCUUACGAGCAACUCUUCGAGAAUGCACCUAUCUCCCCGAUCCCGUCGCCCGGGCCUACACGUCUGGCUAUGUCCUCAAUCGAUAUCGUCAAGCAAAGAAGCAGUCAAAGAAAUCGCAUAUCACCGAAGCUGAUCGUGCUCGAAAGGCCAGGAAAGGUCUAUCGCUGCUUCAAAGAGCAAACGAAGGAUACCAAAGACCCCUGGAGAAAGUGUUACACUCUGCAUACGGGCGCAUUGGAGGACAACGACAUACAUUUCUGAAUCGUUUACUGGACCAUGACAUCCCAACUGACGGCAAGUCCCUGGAGAAACUGGUCCAUGGACCGUCGUUAUACCAAGAUGGCUGGGAACCUCCAGCGAUAAUUCUAAGUCUCAUGAAGUCACAAAUGAACAACGGCCACCUUUCAUCGAAAAGUGUUCGGCCAAGCGUGAAGAGCCUCCAGCCAAAUAUUCCGGAGUACAACAGCUGGGGCAAAGCCGUCAGUCCUGCGCGCUGCAUCAAUAUGCGUAGGAAAUGGUACGCCGACACGUUGAACUGUUUACUUCCACCAUUACCGGAUCACGAAUUGACCAUUCUGGACGACUUAAUUUCGGGUACGUUACCGUGGGCGCCUAUCAAGCGAAGGAAGAAGGCAUUUCCUCCGGCAACAAAAGAAGGCGAUCUUGUGGAGUUCCUGACAGACGGGCCGCAGAAAGGCUGGACAUUUGCCAAAUACGCUGAUGGCCGGCCACAUAAGAUCACCGCGAGAUUUAUGCACCGUCAAUGGCGACGAGUCUCUGCCCUUGUCCCACGAAUGCAGUGGAACCCGAUAUCUUCGAGGUGGAACUUUGUCUGGGAUUCUCCAAAGAUUUUACCACGGUUGAGCUUCAAUUUGGCCGAAGGGGCGGAACUCAAUGAUAUCUUUGAUUUUGAGAAGCAAACUCCAGCAAAACACUCGCCAAAGGCUGAAACUCGACCAGAGUUCUCAGAUAAGCCGAGAACUUAA